CUUAAAAAUAUUGACACUUUAUAAAAUUGGUUUCUUUUCUCUUAUAAAAUCCUCUCCAUAGGCAACUUUUCAAACUGCUAGACUUAUACAUAUAUCAUUUAUGCAUUGAGUAGCAAUUAUAUAUUCUGUAAAUUAAUACAAAAAUAUUUCAUAUCCUUUUUUUUUGGGUAUUUUUGAAAUUAUUUUUUUAAGAUGGGAAUUGGUGCAUCAGCUCCAGUAAAUCCAGAGGGUCUUGGAAAUGCAAUCUAUGAUCAAAAUGAUGAUCAACAAAUCAUUUCUGCGUCUGUUUAUUCUUUAAAAGGUUGUAAAGCUGUCAACCAAGAUUCUGCUGUUCUUUGUCAGGGUUAUGGGUCAGAAGACGGUGUACUUUGUGGAGUAUUUGAUGGGCAUGGCAAAAAUGGUCAUAUAGUGAGCAGAAUUGUGAGCCGGAGGUUGCCUUUACGAUUACUCGAUAAAAAGAAUGCAGUUUCAGAGGUGAAUGAGAAUCAUUCCGGAAUCCAAUCAACACAAGACGAGAGUGAUUCAUCGUCAACGAAGAACCAACUGAAAGAGUGGGAGGAGGCAUGCUUGAAGGCAUUCCCAGAAUUGGAUGAAGAGCUUAAGAAGGUGCAGAGAGUGGACUUUAAAUUCAGUGGAACUACUGCUGUUGUUGCUCUUAAACAGGGUGAUGAUCUUCUUAUUGCUAAUCUAGGAGAUUCAAGGGCUAUUCUAGGAACAAAAUCCGACGAUGGAGGACUCACAGCAGUUCAAUUAACCAUUGAUUUGAAGCCUGGCACACCUGAUGAAGCUUUAAGAAUAAGAAGUUCCAAUGGUAGAGUGUUUGCACUUAGAGAUGAACCAGGUGCUCCACGAGCAUGGUUGCCGCGUGUUUAUAGUCCGGGAAUGGCUAUGUCUCGUUGCUUUGGAGACUUUGUUAUGAAAAACUAUGGCAUAAUCUCCGAUCCGGUUAUCACCCAUCAUCACAUAACUUCUCACGAUCAGUUUAUCCUGCUUGCAACUGAUGGGAUAUGGGAUGUGCUUAGCAAUGAGGAAGUAGUAUCAAUUGUGAAGAAUGUGGAGCAUGAAAAAAUGGCAGCAAAAGCAGUGGUAGAUGCAGCAGUUGCAUCAUGGAAGAAGAAUUUUUCUCAGAAGAUUGAUGAUUGCACAGCAAUUUGCUACUUUUUACAGAAGAACUAAAACUCUCAGAACCAGAACUCGGAAGAUGAGGUUCAUCUUUUGGGAUAACAAAUGGGUAAGAUGGACUUCAGAAAACUGAUUACAAUCAGUUAGACAUCUUGAUUUCUUGUGGCGGUUUAGAUUCGAGGGUUUUACAUGAACUCGAAGAUUUGGACUUAAAACUUUUAUGACUCUUUGAGUUAAUGAGGAUUAUGAUCAAAGUGCAUUGUGCAAAUGAAUUGUGAGGGUUUUGUGCAAGUAGAACAGUUUUUGUGUUGGAUUGCAAUUUUAGAAUUUUCAAUUUUUAGUUUUUAUUUUGAAAUUUCAUUUAGUUCAUACAGAAUUGAAUGAAGUUACUCCUAUUAAGUAUUUAUGGCUCAAAAAACCACAUGAGCUUGAAUGAUGAUGGAGACUGGAAAUGGUCUGUUCACUCUGCAACAUGAUCUUUGCAUUUAUGGUCAGAGGAGCAGGCGGAUGGAUAUGGGGCAGAUUAGUCCUCAAAUCAACAUAUUCAUUAGUCAUUACCCAUGGUAAGACUUGUAUACUCAUAUUCAUAUUCUUUUCACCAAAUUGAUACUCAUAUUUAUCCCAACUAAUGUGAAAACAAUACGAAACCCACAAAAUUUUAUUCGUCUGUCAUCCCUAUAUAUAAAAAGCAUUAUGUACAUUGAAACACUUGUUUCAAGCUUGUUUAACACUCAUAAUUGUUGCAAUUAGUAAACGCCUACCUCUAUCCCAAAUUUUACACUCAUGAUCAUCCAUUAAAAACGCUCAUGAUAUCUCACUCUGCCCACUUAUAAUCCCACAAAUUUCGACCCUCUAAUCCCUUCCCUUCUUAUCCAUCUGUUUCCCGCGAUCCAAGCAAAGUGUUAGUGGCUCAACAUCAUCACAUCAUUUCGAAGGCAAAUUUUGCUUAGACGCAACACCCAAGCUCGUUUGAAGGGUACGAAGAAUUAGAAGAGUUCAUCAUUUAUUACUUCAAAGAUCCAUAGUUUUUUUGUUAUAAAUGAUUAUAAUGGACUAUAGUCAAAUCAUUCGUUUUUCAAUUCAAAAGUUAAAUCAGCUCUGAGCGUCACUGGCAUUCUCUCAUCCAAGUAAAAAGAAAAAGAAAAAAAGAAA